UCCCACCGCUUCGUCAGUACGUCGCGCGGCGCUACAGCGAGAGGGACGUGCGGUGAGCAGAGAUUUUUUACGCGCGACGUGUGAGAUUUGCGCGCCCGCGCGCGCAAAUAGACGGGUUUCGUGAAUUCCGCGGAGGCCCACGGGCAAAAAGAUGCCUCGACGCGCCGGCGUUUCCGGGACCGACCGGGGCUGAGACCGCAGGGAAGAUUCCUUUUUCGUUCGCGCGCGUCGCCGAGAUCCCGAGUUCGACGAUCCGCGGAUUAGCGGCUCGCGAAUCGGCGAUCGAAUUCGCGUAUCGAUCUUUCCCGUCGUCGCCGUGGUAACUGGUUAUUAACGGCGAGAAGCCGCGAUUCGCCACGCUGCAAUUACCCACCGUCCGCGCCGCGACGCAUUUUACGCCGCGUUCGUUUUCGCAUCGAGUUGACGCGAGACUUUUCGCGGAUAAGAAAGUCACGGAUAAUCGACGGACUGUCUAUCGGUCGCUUUCCCUCCGCCCGCGAGGCGCCUUCGAAUUUUCGCGUUCGACGGCCGAUCGGUAGAAUACGAAAAAAAAAACAAAACAAAGAAAUAUAAAAGUAGAGUAGUGAAUCCUUCGUCGGAGCAUUUCGCGUUUUGCCCGAGUGGAUCGGUUCGCGCGCGCGAAACUAUGCGACCAAAUUGACGAUACGACGAAGGAGGAAAGGCAGAAAGAAAACGAGACGGAAAGAUAUAGAGAGAGAGGGAAGGAGAGCGAGUCGCGGUAAGAACUCCGCGACCGGUUGAAGCCGCGCGAGAAUAUGCGCGAGAGACGGACCUGAGCCUCUCUGAGCGCGAGCGAGCCAUGGAGGACGCAGCAUCAGCAGCAGCAGCACCAGCACCGGCAACGGCAGUGCAGGAUACCUGCUUCGGGGCGGGCAGCGUGGCCGGAGCCGUGAUCGGGACCUUUCUGACGACGAUCCUUCUGCUCGCCGUCGCCGCGCUUCUCUACAGGCAGUGGCGCCGGCAUAAGAGUAAACACUUGGUGCUGGUGACAGAUCCCGAGAUCGCCGAGGAUGCCUACGCCUUCGAUAAUCCUUGCUUCAAGGACGCCACGCCUGCGCCGGUCGGCCGCGUCACGGAGAGAUCGUCAUCGGUUGUAUCCGGGGACACAUCCGCGAAGGACUCCACGCGAUGGUCCACACCCUGGUCAUCCCUGGGCCUCGGUUCGGCGGUCCGCAAUGACAAACGCCGAACCCUCGACGACUCCUGCGUCGGACCCAAGGCCACCAGGGUCAGCGUGGUCAGUUUGCGUAGCCGUGACUUCACCGGCCUGGGCUUCAACGUUUGCGGCAACAUGAGGGAGGGCAUCUUCGUUAAGGACCUGCUGCAUCGCGGACCCGCAUCCGAAUCCGGACGGAUACACCCUGGUGAUCGUAUCUCCAGUGUGAAAAUCAGUUUCCGCAAUAUGGUGUACGAGGACGCGUUGACGAUCCUGAGCUACGCCUCGCCGUAUGAUGUAGAGCUAGAAGUGGAGAGCGGUGGUAGCGGGUCUAAGCCAGCGACGUUGCUGAAGAAGAGCGUGGGUCCGAGUCCGACGAGGAUUUGCCAUCCUCUUUACAGAAGCCAGUCAAUUCCGGAAUUGUCGCGGGGUCACAAGAGCGUCGCGAAACGUCUCUUCAUAGCCGAUCCGAACGAGUCCGUGGGCUCGAAUUACUCGAUGAACUCGACCCUGAAGUCCUCGAAAUCGACUCCGGGCAGCGGGCAGAGCUUGGAGAGGCGUCAUGACGAGACGAAGAACAAUCAUCAUCACAAAUUCGGCAUCAAGGUGCUGCCGGCGCUAGACGGCACCGUGCACCGCAUCGAGAAUCAGAAUGAGCAUAAUACGAAUCUGGAGAGAAGGCACUCGCGCAAGAUAGACGCGGAAAAACUGCUGACGAACAGGCAAUCCGCGGUUCUGAGCGAUGCCGACGACAAGAAACUCUGCAACGAGCGUCUUCAGCAACGCGCGGACCACAGCGUCGUUCCGACGAGGAUCAUCGUCGACAGCGUCGACGUGCCAGACAAAGGCGGCAGGAGUGUCGACGGUGAGCUCAACAUACCAUCGGAGGUGCCGACGGAGGUGCACAACGCGGCUAUGGCGGCUCGCAGAAAUCGAAAGAGCAGUUCUGAGCCCUUGAACAUGCAGAAGAGCAGCUCGUCCGAUUCCGACGGCGCCAAGAGUCCUCAGAAGAACAAGCGGAAAGCACCGGCGCCGCCGAUGAGUACUAGCGAAAACGCGAUGCAAUCCGUAAGGAAAGACGCCAUAGACACCAUCGACAGCAUCGCCGAUUACACGGAAUCGUUGUGUGAUUAUGUAAAUAAGGCGCGUGAGAAUACGGACGCCGCCGCGGACGCCCGAAGGCACCGUCUGGAGAAUCAGCCAAUCAAUAGACGGAGCUCCGAGUCGGAUACCGACAACGAGAUGCAGAACAGCUUUACAAUCGAAUUGAACUCGGCAGAUAUCACCAUUCACCGCACGCCCGUGCCGGAGGCGGACGAUGACGAGGAUGAGGAUGAUAUCUACAGGAAAGCAGCCAGUCUAGGCGACUUGUCCAAGUACGAGAAUAAGACCGCGACGACUCUGGAAAGGGCGCAGAGCCUUGACAUGAGCACCGACACUGGGUCUAAGAAACGUAAGGCGCCACUACCACCUGAAGACAUCAACGAGUCCACGGAAGAUCUUACGAAACUCGAUCAGAUCGACACGUUUGAUCGACGGAAGCUGAAGAAGUCGAACGAAUGGGGCACUUUGGAGGACGUGAUCUGGAGUGAAGCUGCCACUGAAGCGGAAGAAAAGACGCGCGCGAGGAAGAAGAGCAACGGCACUUUGGAGCGCUCCAAGUCCGCUGUGGAGAUCAAGCUAAAGGAAGAUGUCACUACAACGGCGACGGCGGACGACGUGUCCGAGCAGAAGAAACCCGAUGAUUCAGAUCAGGAGGUCACCAGCAUCGAGUUGUACAAUCUGCCGUUGAGCAAGCGACUGACCGAGGAGUUUAUUCGCACUGAACGGAUGUUCAAUCCGGACGAGGACAAUUCUCUGGCCAGAAUCGUGAACGACGGCCAGGUGGUGAAGAGUCCAACUCCGAAGGAGGUGGAAUUAGACUUCCAAUUAGCUGACGAGAAACGAUCCUCCAAGGAGAUUAAGCGCGAGGAGGAGAUCGGAAACGAGCCGGAUAAUAGUUCCGUAUCGGAAAAGUCGGAGGACUUCAGUCGCGCCUUGCGUUACUUCGAGCUCCACGCGAGCGGCUCACCGACGUCUCCGGAGCCGACGACAAAGGUCAAUCUGACACGGUUGGACGAGUGGAAAGAAGAAAAAGCGCCCGUUAACGAUGCAUCGCUUUACGCCGGCAGACAGGCGGUUGUAGAAGAACCUGUCUUAAAAGUGACCGUUGAUAGAGGCUGUCGCGGUUGUGAGGACAGAUGCGGCCAACAUAGCGCCGACUGCAAACGUGAGAAGCACGUCGAUAACCAGCAUCGUGUGACCGUGCGAUCGUAUUCGGAGGAUAACAGAAUGGGUACGAGAGAGAGCACGGAAAGAGAAACAGAACGGACAACGCAUCUGCGAGUACACGCGUCUAAAUCGGAAUCGUCGGCCAGGCACGACAAAUCCCAGGACAGGGAAGAGAACGCGGAAGGUACGAACGGCGGUACCUUCUCCACGUUCCACGCGCAUCGGACGAAGUUCGAACAGCGAAGUGGGGACAGCCAGCAGCGCAACAGGUACUCGCCGAUCAAGACGAAAUCGCCGACCGACUCUACGUUCGCCGACACGCACCUCGCCAGACGCAUCAUUAACGUCUCCAGCCGCGACGAGGACGACGAGGAGGAAGAGGACGAGUACGAGUUCGGCUUGAGCGUAACGGCGAACAGCAAGAGUCCAUCCUCGCCUAAGGAGGACCGUCAUAAUAUCAGCAGCGUUAGCGUGUCGAGCGGCGAGAAUAGCGAGGACAGCGGUCUGGUCCGAGAAUCGAUGGACUACAACAAUCCGCAGGACACGGAGAGUCGUCCACCCUUGCCUAACACGCCUGUACCGCCGAACGCUAUCCAAAAGAUGACCUACAUUACAGAGAUCAAGGUGUCGCCCAAUAAGGAAGGUGUUCGCGAAACUGACAGCGAAAACGAAGAAGUAACGACCGGGACUAAUGGCGAGUCGCGGAAGCUGGGGCGGCACGAGAUCAAGGUGACGUCGAACGGCAAAACUACGUCCGGCAAAAAACCGCCGGUGCCGCCGAGACGAUCGGACAUCACGAAGAGCCCGAAGGAGGACCGAACGGACAAGCAGGUUGUCUACGUGUCCGAGUACAAGUCGGGCAAGAGAGCCCAGAUCUUGGACACGCAUCCAGGAUCAGAAGUUAAGCAAUCGGAGAACAAAAAGUUUGAGCACUGGAUCUUCAAGGCUGACAAAGAGCAGAAUCGCUGGAGCUCUGUUUCCAGCCAACCGCAGCCCGUGACGAAUAUCGUGCUCUCGUCCAGGGACGAUACGAAUUAGAAUGUUUGCGAUCUGCGACUUCUUUAAGAACGCGAACGGAAAUAACUGUUAAUUGUGUAUCACUCAAUUUAGGAGAGACAUUUUAUUCGAAAAAUGAAGUUUCUUCGUAUGCGAUAUUUUUUUACGAAGACGAAUAAUGAUUGUAGUGAUUAAUAGAAAAGCAAUUGUAUUAAUGUUAACAAAUGCUCUUCGAGUUUCCAGAAAAUCAAGAACUCGCGGAUAACGUCCUUUUUAAAAUAACCGAAUCGAGUGAUUAAUAAACAAGCAAUUGUAUUAAUGUUAACAAAUGUUCUUCGAGUUUCCAGAAAAUCAAGAACUUUUGGAUAACGUCCUUUCUAAGAUAACCGAUUUGAAGAAUGUCGAGUAGAAACACGGCCAAGUGUCGCAAUAAUAAUUUUUAAAACGAUAUUUUUACACAUGAUGUAUAUUCUCUUGUAUCAAUUUCUAGCUCUUUUUUUGUUUUCGACACUUGGCUUCUUUUUCAUUUGCAGUCUUCAAUUCAGUUUGACCUCAAUAAAUG